GUUGGAGGUCUGAGGCUGUAAGCAGGGGGCGGAGCCAACAUCUGGCAGGAAGUUGAGCCGCUUGAGUGUCAGUCAGUUUGAAGAAAAUGGCGAUGAAGACGUUCUGUUUUCUCCUGCUGUCAAUCAUCUCCGGUGGCUCCGCUGAAGACAUGUCUCCACCAUCCAUUCAUCUCAACUCUCAAUCGCUACUGAACGGGUCUGAAGUGGUCUUGAACGCCGGCUCCGCCUUCAGCCUCAGUUGUCAGGGCAACGCUUCGGUCCGCUGGUCCACCACUGCGUUUCGUUCGCCGCCCGCCCAGAAUGGCGUGCUGGAAGUCCGACACACCGGAACGUACCGCUGUUCCUACGUCAACCGGAGUCUGGAGCAUUUGCAUACUCAAAUCCACCUGUACGUCAAAGACCCGUCCAGCAUCUUUGUCACGCCUCGUGGGAUGACCCCCUCCGUCAAAGAGGGCCAAGACUUCCUGGUCAGGUGUCUGCUGACGGACCCGUCCGUCACAAACCUCACCCUCCAAUCAGAGGACCAACAACUCCCCAACGGCAUGAACGUGACCUUUGACCCCCACAGAGGAGCUCUCAUCCAUAAGGUCCAGAAAAACUUCGACGGACGUUACUUCUGCUCGGGAUCCAAACUUGGGAGACACUUCAGAUCCAAAAGUUUCAACCUGAUGGUGGCACCAAGACAUCGUCAUCCUCCUCAGGCGUCUGUCAAACAGAGUGAAUUUUUCCGCCUGGAAGGAGAAACCUUCGAGGUCACCUGUGUGACAAGUAACCCCUCCCACUUCUACACUGUCACCUGGACACACCCCCACGAGCAGGCUCCAAACAUCACGGUGACUCGUCACUACAGCAGCCAUCUGCAGAUGAAGAGCACUCUGAGCGUUGUCGGCGUGACUCGGAACGACAGCGGACGUUACGUGUGCACAGCUCGCAACGAGGCCGGCGAGGCGACGGCGGCUGCGACGCUAAGCGUCCUCGACGCUCCCUUCCUGAAGGCGUUCCUACAGCGGCGUUCUAAUGCUCCAGGCAACGCGAACGUGAGCAGCGGCUGGGCGGAGCUCAGCGGAGAACUACACGCUAACGCGACGGCGACGGACGACUGGGAACUGCUCGCUAACGUUAGCGCUGACGAAGAGGGCGCUGAUGUUGUCGGCGGCAGCGUGGUGUACGUGCAAGAAGGCGGAGACGUCGCAUUGACGGUCGCCGUGGAAGCGUAUCCGCCAAUCAGGAACCUGGACUGGAUGACGCCGACGCACAUCAAGAAGACGCGGAGCUACACGGCUAACGGCUACCGGUCGCUAACGAGCCUGCGGCUGCGUCGCGUUCGCUACGAGGAGGAAGGUCGUUACGCUCUCCGAUUCGCUAACUCGUUCUUCAACGGCUCCCUGACCUUUGACCUGCGAGUUCUCCGCGCGCCGAGCAGCCUCAUCACGGUGGACAACGACACGCUGACCUGCAGCAGCUCGGGCUUCCCCCUUCCCACAAUGCUUUGGGUCACCUGCGGCGGCCUCGUCCACACGUGCGGCAACAUCUCCGGCGAUCGGCUUGAGUACGUGGCGACACAGGAAGGGGAGGAGCUUAAGAAGCACAUGCCCCUCCCUCAGUCGCCGGCCGAUGACGUCACCAUCGAGUGUGUCUCCUUUAACAGCGUGGGACUCUCGCGGGACGUCUUCAUGCUUCGAAGUCAGAGCUUCUUCAAGCAGCCUCUUUUCGUCGGCUUGAGUGGUUCCGCUUUGGCACUUUUGCUGUUCUUGUUGUUCGUCAUUCUACGGAUGAAAAUGAAACCAAAAUACGAAAUCCGCUGGAAGAUCAUCGAGAGCUGCGACGGCAACAACUACACCUUCAUCGACCCCAACCAGCUGCCCUACAACCUCGAGUGGGAGUUUCCCCGAGAUAAGCUCCGCCUCGGUGCUGUUUUAGGCUCGGGGGCCUUCGGAAAGGUGGUGGAGGCCACAGCGUACGGCCUCAGUACCGAGGAGGACGUGACGCGUGUGGCCGUCAAGAUGCUCAAACCGAGCGCUCACUCGGAGGAACGGGAGGCUCUCAUGUGCGAGCUGAAGAUUCUCAGCUAUCUCGGUUACCAUGACAACAUCGUCAACCUGCUGGGAGCCUGCACUCAAGGAGGCCCCAUGCUGAUGAUCACGGAGUACUGUAGCCAUGGCGACCUGCUCAAUUUCGUGCGUGUGCACACCCAAGACUUCAUGGCGGCCAUCUUGAACACCAAAUACUCCAAUGUGACGGGUCAGGACGUCAGGCUCAGGAGUGACAGCGGGAUUUCUUGUUGUUCCGAGUAUCAGGAAAUGAAACCGAUGCGUUCACCCUCAGGUGCGCACGUGGAGCGUUUGUCUGUCAGCGAACUUAUGAGGUUUUCGUACCAGGUGGCUCAGGGUUUGGACUUCCUGUCAUCACGAAAUUGUAUCCACAGAGACGUUGCAGCGAGGAAUGUCCUACUAACCGACCGCCACUUUGCAAAAAUCUGCGACUUUGGUUUGGCAAGAGACAUUCGCAAUGACGACAGCUACAUUGUCCAGGGCAACGCGCGUCUCCCGGUCAAGUGGAUGUCUCCAGAGAGCAUCUUCCAGUGUGUUUACACGGUACAGAGUGACGUCUGGUCCUAUGGAGUCCUACUGUGGGAAAUCUUCUCCCUAGGUAAGAGUCCAUACCCCAAUGUUGCUGUGGAUACCAACUUCUAUAAGAUGAUCAAAGAUGGAUGUCACAUGGAUCAGCCCGAAUUCGCUCCAGCACAAAUGUACCAGCUGAUGACUCUGUGUUGGAAUCUGGAGCCGACAGACAGACCGACCUUCAAAAUGAUUGGUGAGAUGAUCGAGAAGCUCCUCCCUUCCUGCAACAAGGCGGGUCAGAGUGAACAGCCAACGUACAAGAAUAUCGACGAGUGUGGAGAAGAAGAGGAGUACGAAGAAGAGGAGGUUAGAAAUGGCGAGUCACUGAAGGGGGAGGAGCAAAGUGGCAGCCAGGAAGACGAGGAGGCGAAGAGGAUGAACAUCUACCAACUCUCAUGAUGCUUUCCACUAAUCAUGUUGUUCUCAUCUCUCAUGUCAUGUAUUUUUACUGUCUUCCUCCAUACCGGUCCUUCUCAAAUAGUGGGGCACGGUGCGAGGCCAGGGGGGAGCGUGUGUGACCUCGGGGAACAUGCUUUUUAUUUGCCGUACCAGAAUAUGCUGAAGCGUAUGUAGUACUUCACUGUAACCACGGUAUGUUAAUAAGCUUACAAAGUUAUGGCGUAACAGAAAGUAUUUGAGAAGUACUGCUCUAUACCAGUGGUUCUCAAAUUGGGGGUUUCUUGAAGGUAUGCCAAGGGGUACGUGAGAUUUGUUUUAAAUAUUCUAAAAAUAGCAACAAUUCAAAAAUCCUGUAUAAAUAUAAAUAAAAACCUAUCUUUUUUUCCAAAUAGUUCAAGAAAGACCACUACAAAUGAGCAAUAUUUUGCACUGUUAUACAAUUUAAUAAAUCAGAAACCAAUGACAUAGUGAUGUAUUUUACUUCUUUAUCUCUUUUUUUCAACCAAAAAUGCUUUGCUCUGAUUAGGGGGUACUUGAAAUUUAAAAAAAAUUCACAGGGGGUACAUCACUGAAAAAAGGUUGAGAACUACUGCUCUAUACUAUAUAAUGCACUGUAGUAUAGUCCAUACACUGUAAAUGUAUAGUAUACAACAGGGGUGUCCAAUUACAGUCCACCUGGCGUCUUAAGGCGGCACAAGUUCAUCCAAUAAACAAUGGUGGGAAGCGCUAUAUUAAUAUCAUAUACAAAUAGCCUGGGGUCUGAGUGCUGCCAUUUUGUCGCCAUUUGGUGGCCAACAAAAUUACCUCCACCAUUAAUUAAACUUGCAAGAAUGACAGCACUGCAUUUUACUUAUAUAACACAAUCCAAACAACCUAGUCGUGGUGCAGAAAGAAAAAAAAAAUCAACCAGCACAAAAAGUCAGCAAACAUGGUCACAAAUAACACAACCUGCUCAUUGAACUUUGUGGAUGUUAUAAACAAACAUCAUAUUAAAAAAUCUAAAUUACACCAAUUUAAAUUCAUUACAAGGGAUGAUGGGAAAAAUGUAAAAAGACUCUCUCCACACUUAUCCAUGUUUGGCGCAUUUUAGCUGCUUGAUAUUUCUGAUUUAUAAUAACAAAACUUUAAGGUCAUACUAUUAAUAAACAUUCAUAAUAAUUAUUAAUUAUAUAUCCAUUUUAUUGUUAUUAUAGUAAUAUGUAUAUACUUGUGUUGUACGGUAUACCGGUACUAGUGAAGUACAGCGAUACUAAUGAAUCAUAAACAGUACUAUACCGCCUCUAAAAAAUAUUGGUUCCCCUUGUCGUGACAUUGCUGGGUUAACGAGCAGAGGAGCAUGUUUGGCAGCGCUCAAUCACAGAGUACUUACAAGCAGACACGGUGUGUGGACAGGAAAGGGAGAAUGGACGCAUUUUGGCCUAAAAACUAAAGAUAAAGCUGAAGCAUUAACACUAAAAUGCUGUCCUGCAAGAGGUGCUUUAAAACAUGGCUAGCUAGCUAGCGACUAACGUCCAUCCGCAGUCGGCAGUGUUUUAGCUACUUCUAAAUCACUAAUCAUCGCCUCCAUGGUGGCAAAUAAAGUAAAUUUUCUCAAAAGUAUCAUUCCUGCAGCUCGAGGAAUAGCUAAACAUGCUUCACUACACACCAUAGCAACGUUACCAUGGACGCCCCUGCUUAUUUCAGCAAGACAAUGCCAAGCCACGUGUUACAUCAACGUGGCUUCAUAGUAAAAGAGUGUGGGUACUAGACUGGCCUGCCUGUAGUCCAGACCUGUCUCCCAUUGAAAAUGUGUGGCGCAUUAUGAAGCCUAAAAUACCACAACGGAGACCACCGGACUGUUGAACAACUUAAGCUGUACAUCAAGCAAGAAUGGGAAAUAAUUCCACCUGAGAAGCUUAAAAAAUGUGUCUCCUCAGUUCCCAAACGUUUACUGAGUGUUGUUAAAAGGAAAGGCCAUGUAACACACUGGUGAACAUGCCCUUUCCCAACUACUUUGGCACGUGUUGCAGCCAUGAAAUUCUAAGGUAAUUAUUAUUUUCCAAAAAAAAAUAAAGUUUAUGAGU